GGUUAUUUAGUUUGUUGGUGUAUGGUAUUACCAGACUUGCUGAUUUAUUAGUACAUUGACAAGUAAAAUGGGUUUUUUGGGGAAUUGCUGCUAAAUUUGGUUAAAUAUUGUAUGCGUUAUUGUGUGAUAGAAACUUGUCAAUUGUGUUUUUCGCUCUCAACGAUCUUAGACUCCUCCCCCUAAGACCGUCCUUCAUACGACACAGGUAACACAUGCAGUGAUGCGUGCAUAUGAGCUCGCCUAAGACGUGGCAUGUGAAAAAAAACACAAUUGGACACUUGUUGUUCCGUAUGCAAGCCAAAAUGUUGAUGUGGUUUCUUCUUUCGUGCAUGCUAUUCUCCGUUGUAAGAAUUCAAGGGAAAAUCGUUUCGCCAAGAGUGUCACCAAAACACAGAAUUGUUAUCAGAAGUACGCCAUCAUUUGAUCCUGCUGAAGAAAUUUUAGAAAAAUUUGGUGAUAAAAACCAAAUGAAUUCAACGAACUUAAAGUUUUUGUUUAAAAGCAUCGGCCUAGCUGUGAUAGACGAUGACAACAAUACAAAAAAAAAAUUACAGUCACAGGCAUGUUUUACAAGCAAACAUUUUUUUAGCAUGUACUCCAGAAAUGAUGGGACUAUAAACAAGACUGAUUUCAUCAGUUUAUGUCCUGCCAUGUUAUAUCAGAUGACUAAAAAAGAAUGUAAUUCAGAAAGUAUUAAAAUGUUGGAUGAAGAGAAAGAAGAAGGAAAGGAGAAGCCAGCAAGAGCUUGGGGUUUUGGCUUUCUUUUUGUGACUAUCAUCAGUUUUGGGUCAUUGAUUGGUGCAUUUGUUGUGCCAUUAAUGAACACAGCAAUUUAUAAGACAUUACUGAUGUGUAUGGUGUCAUUAGCUGUUGGUGUUUUAGGUGGUAGUGGCAUAUUUCAUUUAAUACCUGGUGCCCUUGGUUUGCCAGUUGAUGAUAAUGAUACUAGUUAUUUAUGGAAGUGCUCCAUGAUUUUUCUUGGAUUAUAUGUCUUUUUUCUUCUUGAGUGCUCAAUGAAGCUAUAUAUCAGGUUCAAAGAUAAGGAAAAACACCAGUUGUAUGAAGAGGUGACAGCAUUUAAACCAGAUGCUGUUGAGGCAAAAACAAUGAAUUUCGCUCAUUCAAGUAAUGGUCAUUGCCUUAACACGAAUAAUGAUGAAAAUUUUCCUGCUGAUGUGAUUUCAGAUAAUACUUAUAAAAAACAAAACAGUAGAGUUGAACUAACAAGUAAAGGAAGUCAAAAUAAUGCUAAAGGAAUGAUGUUAGAUGCUCCUAAGGGACGAGUUAUAGCUACUGUAGCUUGGAUGAUCAUUAUUGGUGAUGGAUUACAUAACUUUAUUGAUGGUCUUGCCAUUGGUGCAUCAUUUACUGGUUCAGUUAUCACUGGAGUCAGCACUUCUUUUGCUGUGAUGUGUGAGGAGUUACCUCAUGAGCUAGGUGACUUUGCCAUUCUACUUAAAUCGGGUCUUACAUAUAAGGAAGCAAUGUUGGCAAAUUUUCUUUCGGCUUGCUGUUGUUAUAUUGGUCUAGUGAUUGGUUUAGUUCUUGGUUAUACCACAUAUUCUGUAAAGUAUAUUUAUGGUAUAGCUGGAGGAAUGUUUCUUUAUAUAUCUUUGGUUGACAUGCUUCCUGAAGCUUUGGAAAUGGCAUAUGUUAUUGGUGGCAAUUCGAAGCAAAAGUUGAUCAAGAUGUUAUGUUUUGUAAAUGUUGCUAUGAUUUUUGGAUAUGGAGUUAUGUUGGUCAUUGCAUUAUAUGCUGGAAAUAUUAAUCUAGGAAGUCCAGAUUGCAAAAUGUCGGUGUGGUUUCUUUUUUUGUUUUUGAUAUUUUCCGUUGUAAGAAUUCAAGGGAAAAUCGUUUCGCCAAGAGUGUCAGCAAAACACAGAAUUGUUAUCAGAAGUACGCCAUCAUUUGAUCCUGCUGAAGAAAUUUUAGAAAAAUUUGGUGAUAAAAACAACAUGAAUCUAACGAAUAUGAAGUUUUUGUUUGAAAGCAUCGGUCUAGCUUUGAUAGAGGAUGAUAACAGUACAUGGAAAAGUUUGCAAUCUCAGGCAUGUUUCACAAGCAGACAUUUUUUUAGCAUGUAUUCCAGAAAUGAUGGGACUAUAAACAAGACUGAUCUCAUCAAUUUAUGUCCUGCCAUGAUAUAUCAGAUGACUAAAAAAGAAUGUAAUUCAGAAAGUAUUAAAAUGUUGGAUGAAGAGAAAGAAGAAGGAAAAGAGAAGCCUACAAGAGCUUGGGGUUUUGGCUUUCUCUUUGUGACUAUCAUUAGUUUGGGGUCUUUAAUUGGUGCAUUUGUUAAGCCAUUAAUGAACAAAACAAUCUACAAGAUGUUACUGAUGUGUAUGGUGUCAUUAGCUGUUGGUGUUUUAGGUGGUAGUGGCAUAUUUCAUUUAAUACCCCAUGCUCUCGAUUUGCAUGUUGAUGAAAUUGGUGCUAAUUAUUUGUGGAAGUGCUGCAUGAUUCUACUUGGAUUAUAUGUCUUUCUUGUUCUUGAGUGCUCAAUGAAGCUAUAUAUCAGGUUCAAAGAUAAGGGAAAACACCAGUUGUAUAGAGAGAUGACAACAUUCAAACCAGAUGCUGUGGAGGCAAAGACAUUGAAUUUCAUUCGUUCAAGUAAUGGUCAUAACUUUAUUCCGAACAAUGAUGAAAACUUUGCUACUGAUGUGAUUGCAGAUAAUACUUAUAAAAAACAAAACAGUAGAAUUGAACUAACAAGUAAUGCAAUUCAAAACAAUGCUGAAGGAAAGAUGUUAGAUGCUCCUAAGGGACGAGUUAUAGCUACUGUAGCUUGGAUGAUCAUUAUUGGUGAUGGAUUACAUAACUUUAUUGAUGGUCUUGCCAUUGGUGCAUCAUUUACUGGUUCAGUUAUCAUUGGAGUCAGCACUUCUGUGGCUGUGAUAUGUGAGGAGUUACCUCAUGAGCUAGGUGACUUUGCCAUUCUACUUCAAUCUGGCCUUACAUACAAGGAAGCAAUGUUGGCAAAUUUUCUUUCGGCUUGCUGUUGUUAUGUUGGUCUAGUGAUUGGUUUAGUUCUUGGUUAUAUCAAACAAACUGUAAAGUAUAUUUAUGGUAUAGCUGGAGGAAUGUUUCUUUAUAUAUCUUUGGUUGACAUGCUUCCUGAAGCUUUGGAAAUGGCAUAUGUUAUUGGUGGCAAUUCAAAAUUAAAGUCAAUCAAGAUGUUAUGUUUUGUAAAUGUUGCAAUAAUUUUUGGAUAUGGAGUUAUGUUGGUAAUUGCAUUAUAUGGUGAAAAUAUUAAUCUGUGAUUUUCACAUGACAAACAUGUGUGGUAACAGGAAUUUAAUGAUGUCAAGCCAUAAAUUGCAGCUCAAGGGAAGAAGUUGGUGGUUGAUUCAUAUUUUGCUUAACUAUAUAAAAACUAGGGCAGCAAAGUAUAAUAAAAUACACAGGACUAAACAAGUCAUUAUAUUACUGGUGUAUUAAUCAGGUCAUAAAUGGUUUUUUUAAAACUUUUUUAAUCUAUCUUUGCACAAUUGUUAGAGUUAUAAUAAUGGUAUAUAUGGUGGUUAAUAAUUUAAAAGAACUCAUUUGUUAACAAAUGUUCACCAUAAAA